AUGGCUUUCUGUCGGGAAUCAAGUUUUGGUCUGAAUAUUAUCACUUUGGUGAGGAAGUGCUCGGACAUGGAUCCAAUUGAUGAUGACAAUCUGCAGCUUGAAGACAUGGAGCUGACCUGUAACAAGUCUCCUGACAGGACCUCAACAGGGGCGAGUGAAAGCGCUGCUGCAGAGCCGCAGACCAUGAGUGUGUAUUUGAGAGUGAGACCUUUCUCCAAAGAGGAACUGGCUGAAGACGAGGAUCAAAGGUGUGUGGUGAUCGAGAGUAGCCAGGUGGUGGCGCUGCAUGCACCUAAAGGCUCAGCCUCCAUGAAGAGCAGCGACAAGGGAAUCGGAACGUCUCUGCAUAAAUUCUCCUUCUCAAAGAUUUUUGGACCAGAGACAACGCAGUCGGACCUAUAUGAAGACACUGUCAAGAGUGAGAUGACUGACUUCUUGGAUGGGAAGAAUGUGCUGCUCUUCAGUUAUGGUGUCACCAAUGCUGGGAAGACCUUCACCAUCCAAGGUUCUUUGAAGGAACCUGGGAUUCUGCCGCGAGCGUUGGGUGCGACGUUUGUGCACAUCACUGGUCGCCACUAUGAUGCGAUGGACCUGAAGCCUCACCUCAGAAACGACGUCCAGUUUCUGCACCCGGACAAAGUGAAACAGGAGAAGAGUGCAAAAGCUGCCAUUUUUGCUUCUCUCAAAGAGGACUGUGACUUUGUCCGAACCAGUGAAUCAGACAAGUCCUUGUCCACCUCAAGCCUCUCGACCUUUUCUUUCUCCGGCGACCAAAGUGUUGUGAUGCCUGGUCCCUCUGACGCGGGGAGCAGCCAGUUCUCUCUGUGGGUGGCCUUCUUUGAGAUCUACAAUGAGUGCGUCUACGAUCUUCUGCUCCCAAACUUCUGCUCGAGGUCCAAAAAACGUGCGAGUCUUCGCGUGUGUGACGACGGAGCAGGAAAUGCUUACAUCAAAGAUCUUCAGUGGAUCAACGUGCACAGUUUGGGCGAAGCCUGCAAGCUGCUGCAGUUUGGGAACAAAAACAGAAGUGCUGCGGCCACGAAAAUGAACCAGUCGUCCAGCAGAAGCCACAGCAUUUUCACCAUGAAGCUGCUGAAGAUAGACGAGGGGACGGUGAAGAACAUCUCGGAGUUCGCUCUGUGCGACUUGGCCGGUUCAGAACGAUGCAACAAAACCAAGACCAUCGGGGAGAGACUGAAGGAAGCAGGAAACAUUAACAACUCCUUGCACAUUCUGGGGAAGUGUAUCACCGCUCUGCGGAACAAUCAGACGGACAGGGUGAAGAGCAGCUGCAUCCCCUUCCGGGAAAGCAAACUCACAAAGCUCUUCCAGUCGUACUUCUGUGGCAAAGGCCGAGCUUCCAUGAUUGUCAACAUCAACCAGUGUGCUUCCACCUACGACGAGACCCUCCAUGUCAUGAAGUUUUCUGCCGUCGCCAAACAGGUGGUCCCGCUGGUGAUUCCAGACAAGCCUAUGGAGUUCCACUCUCCUUGCCGGGUCGAGUGUAAAGGGAAGCCUCUUCUCAGGAGCCAGUUGAUCGACAGCCCUGCACAGGAAGGCUGUUUGUCUGAUGACGACGAGGCAGACGUGUCCUCUCUCCCACACAAUCAGCUUGUGAGCUUGAUCGAGAGUCUUCAGAAGAAGCUUCAGGCUGAGCGGAACAGAAACCUGGUGCAGGAGAUGGAGAUACGUAAAGAAAUGGGCGACGCCAUGGUGGAGCAGUACCUGAAGUGCGAAGAGCGCCGUCGACAGCAGAUCGAGGAGCUGAAGGAAAGCCACCAGGAGAACUUGGAGAACACGUUUCAAAUGUACAAGGAUGCCAUCAAAGAGCACGCCUACCAGAGUGCCAUGAACGAUCUGGAGGACGACUACGUUCCUCUGGAGGAGUUCACUGCUGAGCAGGAGAAAGUAGAGGCUCUCACACUGAAGCUGGCGAAGCUGGAGAAGUUGCCAUGUGGUGCUGAAAUUCCAGUGAUGGAGGACAAGUCAUGCCAAACUCAACCCUCGACGGCAACUGAAGCAGAUGACCAUCUCAAGCGUCUGUACAAGGAGAAGUGUGCCAUCGAAGAGAUCUGUGCCGGGAAACAGCAGUUGAUUUUGUCUUUGGAGAGAAGACUGCGAGAGCUCAAUGAAACACUGGCCACGGUUCGAGAAGGUUUCCUGGACAAGUCGACUGAAGUGAAAGAUUUGCAGAGGAAAGUCAACGAGCAGACGAGGUCGGUGGAGGAGCUUCUGCACCAGACUGUUGAGAAGGACAUGGAGAUUGCGUCCCUGAAGGAGGAACUGUCCAAGGUCACAGAAAAAUCUCCGGUUCCGCAGAAGCCCAAACGAGGAAUCCUGGCCAACAUCAGGGAGGCCGUCACGUCUCCUCGGAAAGGAGCGAUGACCCGCUCGCUCCGGAAGACGGUGCGCAGCAAGUGA